CUAAUUUCCAAACUUGAUGAUAAUGCCAGUAUAAAAGCAGUAAACAUUUUGGUGGUCAUCAUCUUUUUUGAGUAAGAAAAGUAUCAGAGACAUGUCUCGUUUUGCUUUCCUCGUGUUGUGUGUCCAGGUUUGCCUGAUCCAGACUGUUCUGUGCGGGUUGCCGUGCGGAUGCAAUCUGGCCACUUACGCGCCCUCCGGCUGCGUCCAACUCGGCGAAGUAGAAAAAGUCAUCGAGAUGUUCAGUAUUAGUGCACCCAGCUGCAGCAUUAACGCAUAUGAAUACAGUGCACCUAGCGUCAGCUACAGUGCACCUAGCGUCAGCUACAGUGCACCUAGCGUCAGCUAUAGUGCACCUAGCGUCAGCUACAGUGCGCCUAGCAUCAGUUACAGUGCGCCUAGCAUCAGCGUGAGUGCGCCUAGCAUCAGCGUGGGUGUAUCUAGCAUCAGCAGCGGCCACGGCGCGUCUUACGGCGGUUCGGGUACCGGAGUGGUGAGCGCUGAAGGUAUCAUCGGCGCGUACGGCGAGACGGUCGUCGUCGGAUCCGUGCCGGUGCUGGGCUCGGUGGCGAUUAAUGGCAAGGUGCCAGCGAAGGGCUCCGUGUCCAUUCAGGGACAGUGCGGCUGCGGCUGCAAGCACACGCCAAGAAGUACACAACUCAAAACAAUGUCUCGCAGUAUCCUUGUUCUCUGCGUCAUGGCUUGCCUCAUCCAGAUGGCUUUAAGCCAAAGUUGCGGUUGUAACCAGUACUCAUACGGUUCGUCCGGACUGAGCUCACAGAGCUGCGGCUCGUAUGGCGGCACCGGCACCGGCCAGGUGGGCGUGUCCGGCAACAUCGACGCGUGCGGCCAAACCUGCGUCGUCGGCUCCGUGCCCGUGCUCGGCUCCGUGGACUUCGGCGGCUGCGUGCCCGCCUGCGGCUCCGUGUCCAUCUCCGGACAGUGCGGAUGCGGAUGCAACUAAAUGGAUUUUUACCGAUUAUACAUUAUUAUUUAAUA